AUCGAAGAUCGUUUAACAUUGCGAACACGUGUGCGCCCGGUAUUAUUAAUCGCAAUCGGCAGUCCGAAGUGGCGCGAUUUGUGGCCGUAAGAUCCGGACCUUAGUGCGACGCGUAGACGGGACGAUGCAGAAAACGUUAGAGUCGGAGUCGGGUAAAGAGUCUAGAUCGGAUUCUGAGAAUGAGAACGAAAAUGAGAAUGAGAAUGAAAACGAGAAUGAAAGUAAAAGCGAGAGCAGCUCCUCCGGAAGCAACAGCGGCUCCGGCUCGGGAUCCGAAAGCGACUCCAGUUCCUCGAGCGGUUCCGGCUCGGCCUCGGGCUCCGACUCGGAAAAGUCGGAAAAGUCGGACGCACCUGCACGGAGCGAUAGCUUUCAGAGCCGAAGCUCGAAUCACAGCACCGACACGAAAGUUAGGCAUAAGAGCGACUCUAGCCGCGAGUGGGACGAGAACCCAGAUAUAUACGGCAUCAGGAGGUCGGCUCGCUCUAGGAAGGAGCCCGAGAGGCUCGCCCAACGCGAGAGCGACAGCGCCGAUUUCCGCAAAAAGAUCAAGAAGAAGAGUUCGCAAAAUUCUUGGAAUUCGGAGAGCUCGGAUUCGGAGUCCGACGAGGCCGAGAAACGACGUCCACCUCCUAGUAAAUCGUUAAAUCGUCGAGCAGCACAAAAAGCGAAGGCUAAUGCUCGGGCACGAAAGAAGAGGAUAUCGGAUUCGUCGGAAAAUUCGUCGUUCGACUCGGAUGAUAAUAGGAGACAGGUGACCAGGCGAACUGGAACUGCCGUGAGUUAUAAAGAACAAAGCGAAGAGGGGACUGAUAGUGAAGAUAUCGUCGAGGUUGACGAAGCAACGGCGGCACAAGCUGAACCUGAUAAUGCAGAAACUAUAGAGCGCAUUUUGGGUCAGAGGAAAGGGAAAAAAGGCGUGACGGGAAAUGUUACGACCGUUUACGCCGUCGAAGAAAAUGGAGAUCCUAAUUCUGUACAUUUGACCGACGGAGAAAUUGAAAUGCAGUACCUGAUUAAGUGGAAGGGUUGGUCUCACAUACACAAUACUUGGGAGUCGGAGGAUUCGUUAAAGGCUCAAAAGGUAAAGGGAAUAAAAAAGUUGGAUAACUUUAUCAAACGUGAAACGGAAAUAAAACUUUGGAGAGAUUACGCUGGACCUGAAGACAUAGACUAUUUUGAAUGCCAAUUGGAGCUUCAGCAGGAUCUCUUGAAAAGCUAUAAUAAUGUUGAAAGAAUUAUUGCCGAAUAUAAGAAACCGGACUCGGAUCAUCCUGACUAUUAUUGCAAAUGGGAAAGUUUACCUUACUCGGAGGCUACUUGGGAAGAUGGGGCAUUAAUAGAAAAGAAAUGGCCCGAGAAGAUCAAGGAGUUUCGAGAUAGGGAGGAUUCGAAGAGAACGCCGAGCAAACAUUGUAAAGUUCUUAGAUCUAGACCCAAGUUUCACCAGGUUAAGGAGCAGCCCGAGUACAUGGGAAAAGGCAAAGAGUUGAUUCUUAGGGAUUAUCAGAUGGACGGGUUGAAUUGGAUGAUUCACUCGUGGUGUAAAGAGAACAGUGUGAUCCUGGCAGAUGAAAUGGGUCUUGGAAAAACGAUACAGACAAUAUGUUUUCUGUAUUAUUUAUUUCACGCUCAUCAGCUUCAUGGUCCAUUUUUAUUAAUAGUUCCUUUAUCGACAAUGACUUCGUGGCAAAGAGAAAUGGCACAGUGGGCGCCGGAGAUGAAUUUUGUUACAUAUUUAGGCGACGUGACUUCUCGUAAUAUUAUCAGGGAAUACGAAUGGUGCUACAGUUCGAAGAGAUUAAAAUUCAAUGCUAUACUCACUACAUACGAAAUAGUACUAAAAGAUAAAGCAUUUUUGGGAGCUUUGAACUGGGCAGCACUUUUGGUGGAUGAGGCACAUCGGCUGAAAAACGAUGAUUCGCUUUUGUAUAAAGCUCUUUUCGAGUUUCAUACCAAUCAUCGAUUGCUGAUUACCGGAACACCCUUACAAAACAGUCUGAAAGAGUUAUGGGCGUUGUUGCACUUUAUCAUGCCGAACAAAUUUAAUUCUUGGGAGGAGUUUGAAAAAGAGCAUGACAAUGCCGCUCAAAAGGGUUACUCCAAGCUGCAUAAACAAUUGGAACCUUUCAUCUUGCGUCGAGUUAAGAAAGACGUAGAAAAGUCUCUGCCGGCAAAGGUUGAGCAAAUCCUGCGAGUGGAAAUGACUUCCUUACAGAAGCAGUAUUAUAAGUGGAUACUCACUAAAAAUUACAACGCUUUGCGAAAAGGUGUCAAAGGAUCCACCAUGACAUUUCUAAAUAUCGUGAUCGAAUUGAAAAAGUGUUGUAAUCAUGCUUUCCUUACGAAACCUAUGGACUGUGAAAGGAAAGAAAGCAACGAGGAUUACUUGCAGCAGCUGAUACGCGGUUCAGGCAAGCUGGUACUUUUGGACAAGUUGUUGGUACGUUUACGCGAGACAGGUCACAGGGUACUCAUUUUUAGUCAGAUGGUACGAAUGUUGGACAUUCUUGGGGAGUACCUGCAGAAGAGACAUUUUCCAUUCCAAAGGCUCGACGGAAGCAUAAAGGGCGAACUCAGGAAACAGGCUUUGGAUCACUUCAAUGCCGAUGGAUCUCCUGAUUUUUGCUUUCUAUUGUCAACCAGAGCAGGCGGUCUUGGCAUUAAUUUAGCCACUGCGGAUACAGUAAUUAUUUUCGAUUCCGAUUGGAAUCCACAAAAUGAUUUGCAAGCUCAGGCGAGGGCGCAUCGAAUUGGUCAGAAGAACCAAGUGAACAUUUAUCGUUUGGUAACGAAGAGCUCGGUCGAGGAAGAAAUCGUUGAGCGGGCCAAGCAGAAGAUGGUUCUCGAUCAUUUAGUUAUCCAAAGGAUGGAUACUACUGGUCGGACUGUGUUAGAUAAAAAGAGCGCACAAACAAAUAGUAAUCCCUUUAAUAAGGAAGACCUGACCGCUAUUCUUAAAUUUGGUGCCGAGGAAUUAUUUAAAGACGAGGAAGACGGCGACGAGGAGCCGACGUGUGACAUCGAUGAAAUUUUAAGACGUGCGGAAACGAGAGACGAGGCACCCACUACUGUAGGAGAUGAACUACUUUCAGCUUUUAAGGUGGCUAGUUUUGCUGCUUUUGAAGAAGAAGCCGAACCAAUAGCUCAACCUAACGAAAAUGACGAGGAAAGUAAAGACUGGGCGGAAAUUAUUCCUGAGAAUUUCAGAAUGAAGGUCGAGGAAGAGGAAAAGUCCAAAGAAAUGGAGGAUUUGUACCUUCCGCCCAGAAGUAGAAAAACGUUGCAACAAAUCAAUGAGUCUGGUGAAGGUGGGAGAAAACGCAGGAAAGCUGGAGAUGACAGUGAAGAAUUCGACGAAUCAGGUAGUGACUUGGAAGGCAGUGACGACGAGAGACCUAAAAAACGAGGCAGGCCAAGAGUCAAUCCUCGAGAGACCAUUAAAAGUUUUACCGACGUUGAAAUAAGGAGGUUCAUAAGAAGUUACAAGAAAUUCCCAGCUCCUCUGAAGCGCCUGGAUGAUAUCGCAGCUGACGCUGAACUUCAAGAAAAACCGAUGUCGGAGUUGAGAUAUCUUGGAGAACAGCUGAAAUCACGCUGUGAAGCUUGUCUCCAGGAAUUUGAAACUGCAGCUAAAGACAAUAAAGUUGGAGAAGAAGACGCAAGGUUACGCGGGCGUAAGAGAGGAAAAGGCCCGACGUUUAAAGUUUCCGGCGUGAUGGUUAACGCAAAAUCGUUCUCUGCUGCUGAAAAAGAAUUGGAGCCUUUAGAUCAAGUUCUUCCAUCCGAUCCCGAACAACGAGCUAAUUGGCACCUUGACGCUAAAUUAAAACCUGCGAACUUUGAUUGCGAGUGGACAACGGACGACGAUUCAAGGUUGUUGAGGGGAAUUUAUAUUCAUGGAAUGGGUUCCUGGGAGGCCAUUAAAAUGGACGCCAGUCUUAAACUUGGCGACAAAAUACUUCCCAAUGCUAGCAAACCUCAAGUUAAACAAUUGCACGUACGUGCGGAAUAUCUCCUUAAAAUAUUGAAGAGACAGGUCGACCUCAAAUCAGGAGUGACGAAAACGAGGAAACCUAGGAAACCUAAAGAAAUAAAGACUGCGAUUACGAAAGAAAUUAUUGAAGAAAAUGACAGUUCCGGCGAUGAAAGUAAAAAGCCAAAGCCGAAGGUCGAAAAGGUAACGGUGAAGAAGGAAGAGGAAGUGGUAGCAAAAAAGGAAGUCAAGGAGGAAUACGACGCAGUUUGCGAGGAGAAGAAAAAGGACAAGAAAAUCAAAAAGGAUAAGAAGGAGGGGAAGAAACCGAAAAAAAGCAAGCAAGCGGCUGGUCCAAUGCACUUUACCGCCAAUAACGAGCCGAGAGCACUCGACGUCCUCGGGGAUUUGGAUCCUUCGAUAUUCAAUGAAUGCAAGGAAAAGAUGCGUCCCGUGAAGAAAGCUUUGAAAGCACUGGACAAGCCGGAUCAGUCGUUGAGCGAGGUCGAGCAAGUGGCUCACACUCGUCAGUGUCUCGUUCAGAUCGGCAACCAAAUCAAUACUUAUCUAUCGGAGUACAAGGAUCCGGAGCAGAUCAAAGAGUGGCGGAGUAACCUCUGGUACUUCGUCUCCAAGUUCACCGAGUUCGAUGCGAAGAAACUUUACAAAUUGUACAAGCAUGCGACGAAGAAAGGCGAGGGCAGCAUAAGCGCGACGUCCAGUCCAGAGAAAAAGGAAGACCUCGCAAACGCAAAGAAACACAAUGAAAAGCAGCAUGACAAACAUAUCGAAAAGCACUCUGAAAGCAACAAGGAGGUCCGCUCGGCGAAACGGCGGAUCGACGACGUGGAGGAAAACUCGAAUAGCGGGACACCGAGUAAAAAGCAUAUGGUGUCUACCACGGCUGUUGGAGGUGGUACCAUUACUUUCAAUACCGGUGCUAUAACGAUAACGCCGAUUGCACCUGGGACGCCGACUCCUGUUUCGAGUACCUCGUCCACGCCUGCGGAGCCCACUAAGCAUAAGGACCAGAAGGAAUCGAAACAUAAGGAAGUCAAAAGGGAGAGGGACAGAGAUAGAGACAGGUCUCACAACGACAGAGGCAUGGAUAGGUUGAGCGGAGGCAAGGACGAGAGAAUUAGAAGAGACAGUGGAGGGUACAACCAGGGAGGACAUUACAGUGGUAGCAGAGAAGAGGACCAUUGGUUGUGCAGAGACGGGAGGGAUCCUCGAGACGGAAGGUUUGGAGAUCACAAACGCGACAGGUUUGAAUCUUAUGGCCGGAUGUCGGGUGGAUAUCAUCGAGACAGAGACAGAGACCGCGACCGUGGCAUGCAUGUAAACGAUAAAAGGAACGACUACUACCGAUAUCCACAGGGUCCCCCGGGUUAUGGGUACGGAGGACCGGGUGCUUACGGUGGUGGAGGUGGCGGUGGUUAUCAACAGACCGAUAUGCCACCGGGACACUUUAGGGGACGCGGUUAUCCUGGGGAUGGUUAUCCCAACGAUUGGCGACCUAACAAGGAUUAUAGAAGAGACUACGAUAGAAGGCCGCCACCCCCGAACGCCAACUCCUAGUGCUCCUUCCUUGCCACCGUCCUAGAAUGUGUCGUUAAUCGAUUGUAAUUGUAAUCACGCUACGAUCGUGCGUUGCGGCUCUUUACCUGGCUACGAGUCAUCCCGAAGGUACCAGAGAUGAAGAGCGCGACGCACCGGAACGUUCAGUUGAUCGAUCCUUUUUUUAAAACCCUAAUUUACGCGCCGACAUCUUUCUGAACUGUAAAAAGGAAUUCCUUCUAUCGCUGUCAGCACGUGAUACGCGGACGCGGAUUUCGAGAGCGAUACGGCGAUUUUUUUAAAAUGCUCGUUUAGACGUAGGUCGCGGCAACGCUCGACCGCGAGGAAAAAGCUACCAUUAGUAGGAGAUAAUUGAUAAAUUUUUAUAUAUAUUGGAGGUUCUUGUAAAAUGUCGAUGACGGAGAGAACUUAUUGGGUUUACGAUCAUUGAUUCUAAGUCUGUUUUGUUCACGUUAACGCGCCUCGAGUAAUUUCCAAAUGUGCAAUUCUUGCGCGUGGGGUAAAUGAUAAAGAAGGAUGAGCCCAUGGGAUUCCAGUACGAUAUACGAUAAUACUUUUGUCCGCCGUUCGUCAUAAUCCGAAAGCCUUCCUUUAACUGUAGCUUAUCGACGCGUGUAACAUAUUUUGCAUUUUCAGGAUCAAUUGUGAAUAUCCAGUUUAGAUUUAAAGUUCUUCUCCUUUUCGUACAACUCGCGCGUACCGUUUUCUCAAGCAAGUAGUGGAUUAGCUCUGGCAAGACUUAUGCCCCGUUUACAAAUUAUUUUGCAAACUCGGAGGAUGCCUAUUUUAAUCGUGACCGAAAUAUCCCCGGAAUUUACGCAAAUUGGAUCUACGAGGUGGGCAGACUUUCUACUCGCAAUGGCUAUGCACUUUGGAUUUUUUUUUUUUCUUGCUGUCGCGUUCUUGCACAUUAGAACCAGACCAACAACGUGGUUGCGUUAGAUGACAUUGAGAGAUUUCAAAGAUUGCAUUGUCUCGCACCAGAAGUAGUUUGUGUUUGUCAGUAGAGAUUUAUCCGAUCUGCUAAAUCAUGUUGUUGUUCCUGUUGUAAUGAGGCACAAGUCACGUACUUUUGUAUAAUUUACCCCGUAAGGGAUACCCUCCGAACCUUUUGUAUUCUGCGAAAAAGAAAAGUGAGAAAUGUAGAUUUAUUCAGUUUGGUAUUUUACAGAUUAAGGAAAAUGAAGUGUUAGACAAUAGGCGUAUACGUGGGUAAUACUUUUGGUAUUCAGAGAGAAUCGCAAGGACACUUGCUGAUGUAACACUUCAAUAUUUCCCGUGCAUGUACAUUAAUUCAUUUCUUACCAUACCAUACGUCAAUGUUCUAACUAUGGAUUACCUUCGUUGCGCUCUGCGUUUAUUAGACUGCGUGAAAGAUAAAUUAUUUUGUAGAUUAUUUUAAUUACACAGAUCGAGGUAACGACGUUAAUAACAGUAGCAAAGUUUUGCAAUUUUUAGUGUGCAUUUGUGUAAAUAAUAGGACGUAUACAUACAUAUUGCAUACCUAGGGAUGGACAUUGAUUUUGAAAGUGUACAAUGUACCAAACACUUGCGACGAAGAGAACGUAUGAUUCACAGCCUGAUAGAAAUCUGCUAGUUUAGAUUUUUCUCUCUUGGGAUGGUAUUUAACAAGCGACGAUAGCGAACAGUUUAUAAUUUAUUACUAGCAGAACACCCAUCACGAUUAAUGUUAAAGCGAGAACAGAAAAAGAGAGAGAGAGAGAGUAUGUUGUACAUAUAGAUAAAAGAAUAAAGUGAUUAAUAUCGUA